AUGCCGGCCCCCACGACCAAGAAAUCGGCAUCGAUGGCUGCCGACGGCGCCUGGUCGACGCUCGAGGACCAGAUGCUUCGCGACGCAGUCUUUAAGCAUGGCGGGAAGCAGUGGCGGGGCAUCGCCGACAAGUUUGUCACCAAGAGCGCGCGCGACUGCCAGGAGCGAUGGCACCAACUCCAGAACCGCAACGCGUCCACCAAGCGCCCAUGGAGCAAAGAGGAAGACGAUCGCAUGGCCGAGCUCAUCGCUUCGUACGGCGCGCGCAAGUGGGCGGUGAUUGCAUCGUACCUGCCAGGCCGCAAUGGCAAGCAGUGUCGCGAGCGGUGGCACAACCAGCUCAACCCCGCCAUCAAGCGCGACGCCUGGUCGCAGGACGAAGAAGCCACGCUCUUCAAGAUGCAAGCCAAGCUCGGGAACCGCUGGGCACAGAUCGCCAAGCAAAUGCCAGGCCGGACGGACAAUUCAAUCAAAAACCACUGGUACUCGUCGCUUCAGCCCAAGAUGCGGCACGCGGCACCGACCCGCAAGCCUGUCGCACGCGCCCCGGUGCCGAUGGCGGCCAAGCCGCCAACCAUCGUGUCGCCACCACCGCCCCCCGUGUUGGCGCCCGCGGUCGAGCCCCCCGCGGUGCAAACGCCCCCCACCCCCGAGAAGCCCCCCGUGGUUGAGAUGCCGUUGAUCAAGAGCGAGCCGUCCGAAUCUCCACCGGGCGUCGAGUCGUGUGAGUUGGAGCCGCCGCUGUUUGAAGCGUUCUCGCCAGUCACGCUGGACACGGCGUACUGGGCCGAGUGGUCGAGCAUCCACGAGUCGGCGUGGGCACACCAGCGCGGCGACUUUGAUUUUUUCGAGCUCCACGACGAAGACUUGUCGCUGCUUCCAUCGACGCCGACGCUCGACCCGUUUGAGGCGAUGAUCCUCCUCGAGACGCUCCAAGAGCCACCCCUGUAA